AAAAAAUAUCUGAGUGCAGGUUCUCGAACAAUCUACCAAUAAUAGUGUCAUACUCUCUAGCUAGUCUCUUCCACUUCAUAACUGAAAGAGCGAAGCGACCCAAGGAUCAUAAUUAGAAGUUAUAAUUAUGAGUUUUUGCUUGAGCGCUACUUAUUAUCAAGUAAUUGGACUCGUUUCUCUAAUCUUACUUCCUUUCCUCUUUCUUUUUAGGAGGUCAAAACUUAGCGGAGGUAGAAGAGAGCCACCCUUAGCGGCGGGUGCAUGGCCCAUAAUAGGUCAUCUCCCUCUCUUCGCAGCUUCAAGGCCACCUCACAAAACUCUAGGCGCCAUGGCAGACAAAUACGGAAGCCUUUUCACCAUCAAGAUCGGGUCCCAACGUGCUGUGGUCAUCAACAACUGGAAAACCGCUAAAGAAUGCUUCACCACCAACGACGUAACCUUAUCAUCACGACCUAGUAACCUCAUCGCUGUCGAACGCUUGGCAUACAAAGGAGCCAUGUUUCCCUUCGCACCUAAUCACCUAUACUGGCGCGAGAUGCGAAGGAUUGCGAACCAAGAAUUGCUCUCCAACAAGCGAGUGGAGCUCUUAGGCCCCGUUCGUGUCUCGGAAGUAGAAAGCAGUAUCAAAGCGCUUUUCAAAAAGUGGGAGGAUGAGAAGAACGAGUCGGGGUAUGUGGCGGUGGAGAUGAAGAGGUGGUUUGGGGAGUUGAUCAUCAAUACGAUUCUCAGAGUCUUUUCGGGGAAGCGAUACUUGGGCGGAGACAGCGGCAGUUCUGAGGAAGGACGGCGGUGUUUAAAAGCGUUGAGGGAAUUUGUGCAGCAACUGGGGAUGAUAUUAGUGGGUGAUGCGGUGCCUUGGCUUCGGUGGGUGGACUUGGGUGGGCACGAGAAAGCCAUGAAAGAAACCGCUAAGGAAUUGGACGCCAUAUGUGGGAAGUGGUUAGAAGAGCAUCGAAUGAAAAGGGUUUUAGAAGAGGAUGGGAGGAGUCAAGAUUUCAUUGACGUGAUGCUUUCUGUUCUUGAUGGUACUGAUGAGCUUGCAGGAUAUGAUGUCGAUACCAUCAUCAAAGCUACAGUGCUGAUCUUAACUGCAGGAGCUGUUGACACAAGCACAGUAAGCCUUACAUGGAUAAUAACUUGUUUGCUAAAUAACAUUGUUACUUUGGAAGAAGCACAAAAGGAGUUGGAUAUCCAAGUUGGGAAAGAAAGAUUCGUAAACGAAUCAGACAUGAGUAACUUAGUUUACAUUCAAGCUAUAGUUAAAGAGACAUUAAGAUUACACCCUCCAUCAACUCUUUCUGGACUCCGUGUGUUUACAGAGGAUUGCACUAUUGGCGGCUACUACAUUCCAAAAGGAACACCACUAAUGACAAAUUUGUGGAAGAUUCACAGAGAUCCUAGCGUUUGGUUGCACCCAUUUGACUUUAAGCCGGAGAGGUUCCUUUCCGGUAACCACAAAAAUGUUGAUGUGAGAGGUAAUCACUUUGAGCUGAUCCCAUUUGGAAGUGGGAGAAGAAUGUGCCCCGGGAUAUCUUUUGCCAUGCCCAUGAUUCAUCUAACUUUGGCUACUUUCUUGCAAUCCUUUGAAAUUUCAAAGCCAUCUCAUGAACCCAUUGAUAUGACUGAAAUCUUUGGCCUAACAAGCACCAAGGCUACUCCUCUUGAUGUACUCAUCAAACCACGUCUUUUUUCAAAGCUUUACGAAGACUUACACUGAUUUAAUUUUAUAUAUUGUUAGGUAUCUUGUCCAAAUAAUUUAUGACUAUAUGUUGGCCGGGUCAUGCGAUUGGAUAUCUAUAUGUAUAUGUAGACCUAUCACCUAUGGGGAUUAUAUGUAUUUUUGGUAUAAUAAUACUUGAAGGAAUGGACUCCAUGCAUGCAUGAAAGAUUAAUGAUUAUAUAUUAGCAUUUAGC